AUGUCUUUAGAUAGUGGGGAGUCUCAACUUCCCCCCUCCACUGCACAACGGUUACAACCAUGCCGUAUAUUCGAACUACAUGAAAUCCUUUUAGCAACCGAAAACUUUAAUGAAUCUUUCGUGAUUGGUAAAGGGGGCUUUGGAAAAGUGUACAAAGGUAAAGUUACGGUUGGAACUAGUCAUGUUGCCGUUGCUAUUAAACGGUUAGAUCUGAUUUCUGAUCAUGGGGCAACAGAGUUCUGGGCUGAAGUCGAGAUGCUUUCGAAGUUGCGUCACUCUCAUCUAGUGUCUCUGAUUGGUUAUUGUUACCAUGAAAGAGAAAUGAUACUAGUAUAUGAGUAUAUGCCGAAUGGAACACUUGAAGAUCAUCUCCAUAAUCUCCGCACCCGUCUUUCUUGGGUUGAUCGGCUAAAAAUAUGCAUAGGCGCCGCCCGUGGGGUAGACUACCUUCACACUGGUACCGGUAUUGAGUUUGGUGUUAUACACCGAGAUGUCAAAAGCUCAAAUAUUUUGUUAUGCGAAAAUUGGGUAGCUAAAAUAUCGGAUUUUGGGUUGUCCAGAGUAGGCCCAACGAAUCAACCAUACCCUUAUGUUAACACUAUUGUAAAAGGCACUUUUGGGUAUCUUGAUCCAAACUAUUUUGCCACUGGAAAGUUCACAAGGAAGUCUGAUGUGUAUGCUUUUGGUGUUGUACUGUUUGAAGUGUUGUGUCGGAAGCGACCAUUGGAUACGAGUCUUGAAUUUGGUUUAGCUACGUGGGCACAAGACUCGAUCAAAGAAGGCAAGUUAAAGAGUAUAGUUGAUUCUGAUAUAAGGGGUGAAAUAUCCCCAAAAUGUUUGAAGGGGUUUGCUAGAAUUGCGUACAGAUGCUUAGCAAAUUAUCCAAAGCAUCGUCCUACCAUGACUGAGAUUAUAUAUACUCUGGAAUCUCUACUUACCCUGUCGUUGCACGUUCAACACAAGUCGAUAUUUACUAGAAGGGUUGAUGUGUUUCCCUCCAUCUUUGCCGAUGAAAACCCAGGCGAGUCGAUAUUUACUAGAAUGGUUGAAGUGUUUCCCUUCAUAAUUAUCGGUGAAAAUCCAGAGUAUAUUGACCGUGGUUCUAUCCUAUAUGAAGACAUAAAAUCAGCCACCAACAACUAUGCUGAUGAAAAUCUUGUUAAACAAACUACUUCCUCAAAUAUUUACAAAGGAAGACUCGUGCAGACAUCAGGAGAAGUGAUCAAUAUUGUUGUACGGAGAUGUACGCAACUACACAUUGCAGCCAACGAGAUUAUUAUGCUAAAAGAUCUCAGGCAUGAAAAUAUCCUUCCUAUCUUCAAAUUUUGUGAGAUGGUUGAUACUCUAGUGAUCAUAAACAAACAUGAGGCAAAUGAAAGCCUGGACAAACAUCUAAGUUGCUCAACCCUUGGUUGGAUGCAAAGACUCCAUAUUUGUGUUGGUAUAGCACGUGCAUUGACUUACCUUCAUUAUGAUGCAGAAGUGAAUCAUUGUGUGAUACAUGGUAACAUCAAGAGCUCCAAAAUUUUACUAGAUCACGACUGGGAACCGAAGUUACAUGGUUUUGGAUUUGCUGUUAGAGCUAAAAGGAAUCAGCUUUACAAUACCGAUAAAUACAACCGCUCAUUAUACUAUAUGGACCCAGCAUAUGAACACACUAGAGGUUUGACUCAUAAGUCAGAUGUCUUCUCCUUUGGUGUUGUAUUGUUUGAAGCUCUGUUUGGGAGGGAUGCAUCGUCUGUUCUAAGCACUCCUGAUCACAAUGAUAAAUUGUACUUUGCUCGAUUGGCCCGAGUUCAUUAUGAAGAGAAGACCCUGGAUGAUAUGAUCGAUCCCUAUCUCCGAGUACAGAUGAAUUUGGAAUCACUAAUCGUCUUCUCCGAGACAGCUUAUUUUUGCUUGAAGGAGAAACCGUCAGAACGUCCAGAUAUGAAAAAAGUUCUCCAAAGACUUAACUCAGCGUUGGAACUUCAGCGCAAACAUGAAAGUCUUGAACAUUCAACAGUUGGAGAAGCUACAUCAUCUAACCACUUGAAGGUGAAAACAUUGGAUCACUUAAAAAUCCAACUGGGCGACAUAAAGUUGGCAACAAACAAUUUUUCCGAAAAAUAUAGCAUUGGUUCAGGUGGAUAUGCUACCGUCUACAAAGCAGAACUUGACUAUUUUGAUAGCAGAACUUCACCGACACUGAAUAAAGGAGAGAAAAGAGUUGAAGUGCCCAAGAGACGUGGCAUUGUAGCUAUCAAACGUAUCUUUAGUUUUGAUAUCUUCCGCAGGGGAGACGGGCAAGCAGAAAAAGGGUUCCUAGCUGAAAUUGAAUUGCUUAGCAAGUGUAAGCAUCCAAAUAUAGUUUCUCUUAUUGGCUUUUGUAACGAAGAAACUGAGAUGAUUUUGGUUUAUGAGUAUGCAACUAAUGGAAGUCUUGAAGCGUAUUUAGGAAAGAAUGAUAACAUCACGAAUCUUACUUGGGAUAAACGUAUAAAGAUAUCAAUUGAUAUUGCACAUGGAUUACGUUAUCUUCAUGAGGUCACUAAGGACAAAGAAUGCAUAAUACAUAGGGAUAUAAAGAGCGCUAACAUUUUAUUAGAUGAUAAGUGGGAGGCAAAGAUUGCAGACUUUGGGCUCUCCAAACUACAUCCUACAUAUAACCUACGUAGCACCCUCGAUACGGGUAACAUUGGCGGUACCCAAGUGUACCUGGAUCCAGAGUAUGAGAAAACCGGUAACUUGAAAACUAGCUCGGAUAUUUAUUCCUUCGGAGUAGUUUUGUGUGAAAUAUUGUCUGGGAAUGUGGCAUAUGAUAAUAUCUACAAUACAAUGGGGCUUCCAUCAAUAGUACGACAAUGCUUUAAUGACGGAACUAUAGAGGAAUUGGUAGAUCCACAGAUGAAGGAAUCUGGUGAAAAUACUUUUGUGCUUGAUGACGGCCUUAAUCACGAUUCUUUAUAUACAUUUUCAAAAAUAGCAAGUCAAUGUGUAGCGGAAGCUCAAGCUCGCCGUCCAACAAUGGAAGUUAUCCUUAGAGAGCUUGAGAAAUCUUUAAAUUAUCAAAAUAACAGGAAGGACAACCUCCAAAUUUCACUUGAAACGAUAAAGUUAGGCACACAAAACUUCAAUGACUGCAACUGCACUGGAAAAGGAAGAUUUUGGAGGUUGUAUGAAGGAGAAAUUUCACUUGGAAUUGCUAAUGGACAUACCCCAAUCGUUGCAAAGAGAUUUGAUGGCCAGUCGGAUGAAGGAAACUCACAAUUUAUGACGGAGUUGAAAGUUCUUUUUGAACAUAAGCACAAAAAUAUCGUUGGUCUUGUAGGGUAUUGUAAUGAAAUGAGUGAAAAAAUAAUUGUAUAUGAGCAUGCCUCAAACGGAACACUGGAUAAGCAUUUGGACAAUGCUAAUCUUACGUGGAUGAAACGUCUCAAGAUAGGCAUCGAUGUUGCAAAGGCAUUGGAAUAUCUUCACACCGGUGGCACCACCAAAGAUACUCCGAUGAUACAUAGAGACAUCAAAAGCAGUAACAUUCUACUUGACGGUGAUUGGAGUGCUAAACUUUCUAAUUUAGAGGAGUUAUCAAAUGCUAGGGGACCAAAGAAAGUUGAACAUAUUGAUGAGAAUAAUGCAUAUGGCUCACUGAGCUACAUAGACCCACAAUACGAAGCGUUGGGUUUUUUAUAUCCAACAUCUGACAGGUAUUCAUUAGGUGUGGUUUUAUUAGAGAUGAUGUUGGGGAAAUUGGCAUGUGCAGAGGAAUUUGAGGGUCUCUACUAUAAGUCUUUAGUCCGUUUGGCUAAAACGUGGUAUAAAAAUAAUACUCUGGAUGAGAAAAUAUUUAAAGGUAUAAAAGAACAAAUUGUGCAAGAAUCAUUGGAUACAUAUUCUGCCAUCACCUUUAAAUGCCUUCAAAAUUAUGGUAUAUAUCGGCCAGGUGCUAGUGAGCUGGUUGACCAACUUACAUUGGCAUUGGCAUACCAAGAGGAUUAUGAGAUAUGGGAGCCUAAUUUCCCAAAGACUAUGAAAGCCUGUGCAAGAUUUCAAACACUAAAUUUGAGUUUAGUGGUAAAAAAAUAUUUGAUAGGUUCUCUCCUCAACGUGAAAGAAUAAAGAAUUUUUCCGACUUGAUCUGCAAAGGCUUCCUAUUUCAAGAAGGCAAAGCGUGGUUUUCAUUAGGGAGUAAAGGAAAAAGAAAUGUGAUGAUAUCGUCAAGAUUAUUUGCAUACCCAAAUCGCUCGGAACGCAAGUGGC